AACAUCGUAAGCUCUUCGCGACCAGCACUGUUUCCACCUCUACUACUACCAACACCACGUCCUUACUCGCCUGCCUCCCUCCCUCCUUCUCCCGACCAUGGCGGCGUUGAAUCUGUCGCAAAAUGGCGCAUCAAUUACCGCCAGCUACCAGAAAAUCGUAAACACAGCUCCAAGCGGGCCCGCUGCCUCAUCGCCAACAUAUGGCAUCUGGGCAGUCUUCUCCGUCAAGGCUCCCCUUGCCAAUGCCUUCCAGGCCGAGUCGGGCAAAGAGAGCGUGCUGUCUGUGCAAAGCACCGGCGAGGGCGAAUUGGCCGACCUGAUUGAAGACUUCUCGGACGGCCGCAUCCAGUUCGCAUUCGUGAAAGUCAAGGACCCCAACACAACUCUGCCCAAAAGUGUACUCAUUGCCUGGUGUGGCGAGGGCGUGCCUGAGCGAACCAAGGGAUACUUCACAAGUCACCUCAAUGCAGUCUCCAAAGUGCUGCACGGCUACCACGUGCAGAUUACCGCUCGCUCCGACCGAGAUCUGACGCCCGAGCUGAUUGUGCAAAAAGUCGCCGACUCGUCAGGCUCAAAGUACAGCGGAGGAGGUUCGCUACCAACAUCGAAUGCGGCGCCUCCUCCACCCAAAGCCUCCAAGCCAGUGCUGCCAACGAAGAGCUUUGGCCCUACGCCAGGCUUCUCCCCACUGGGUAGGACUCGUGCUGCGCCCCCUACCUCCACCUCCACAGAUGCAGAUGGAUGGGGCGAUGAUGCACCACCAGUCACGCGAUCCCAGCUGGAAAAGGUAGCUCCCUCAUAUCAGCCGACCAAAGUCAAUAUGGCCGAAUUGCAAGCACAGAAACAGCCUUCGAAUUUCCAGGCACCGUCACCAGGCAAUGGCGCCCGUGCGGACGUUGUGACUGGCGGAUACCAACCGAUCGGAAAAGUGGACAUUGCAGCCAUACGGCGACAAGCGCAAGAGUCGGGUACCGUACAAGACGAUAGGCCCACUGUGGUGAAAGGUGCGUACGAGCCAGUGGGCAAAGUCGACCUGAACGAGAUCAGACGAAAGGCACAAGCUGCGCCUCCACCUGCGCCAGUUCCUGCACCCAGCCAGUCGACCGGCGAAGACGCCCCGCGAUCGCUCGCAGAUCGCUCUGCUGCUUUCCAGCAGAACAAGCCACUCACAGAACUGCCCAAGCCAAAGGUUGCCAACAGAUUUGGUUCUCAAGCAAGCAACUUCUCCGGCACCAAAGCACCAACGCCAGUAGGCUUUCAGGCGAAACCUAUCCAGGCCAGCGCACCUGUAGGUGCCGCUGGCAAGAAUUUCGCAGACGAAGGCGGAAAGACUCCGGCACAGAUCUGGGCGGAGAAGAAAGCACGCGAAAGAGGCUCAAGUGGCGCAGCGGACACCCAGCAGCCAAGCUUUGGUGCUGCAGAGAAGCCGAUACAGAGCCAGCCGAGUGGAGGCUGGCAGAGCUCGUAUGGUGGAAAGAAAUGGGACGUUCAGAUCCCAACACGAACUGGAGGAAGCGGUAACAGCGAGCAGCGGACAGGGCAAGCAGACAACCAUGCUCAGGAAGAAGCCGAGCCACAGACAGGCGGCGUGGGUUCCAUCAGGGACCGAUUUGCAGGCGCUGCGCCAAUGGGUGCACCACGGCAGAACACUGGUGGUGCACCAGAACCGCCACCGCUCGACACAUCGAGCAAGCCAAACGCCGGUGCACGCGGCGUUCCCAUCCCAGGCCUGCCACAGCCAUCGUCGGAAGAAGUCCCUGCUGCCCAGCACCAAGAUCUCCCUCCGCCCCCGCCUCGAGGAGUUCCACAAGACGAAGAUGAGGACGACGACAACGCUGCUUCUCUGCCACAAGGUUCCCCUGUUCGAAUCGCCAUGCCUGUUGGGCGAGGCGCGGAUCCUAUCGAGCCUGCUGAGCAAUUACCUCCUCGGGCGGUCCCUGAUGAGUCUUUGGCAAAGGUAGCUUCGCAGCAUCAAGAUAUUGAACCAGAACCACAAGUCGCCGAUCACGAUCCAUCACGAGGUGCAGCACAAGCAGCCGCUGCAGCCACUUUCGGGCACGCUGAAGAUCCGCGAGGGGCUGGAGUCGCGGGAGGCCAUGAGGCCAUCGCACAAUAUGACUACGAGAAGGAUGAAGAAAAUGAAAUUGCGCUGCAGGAGGGCGAACGCAUCACCAACAUCGAAAUGGUCGAUGAUGAUUGGUGGAUGGGCGAGAACAGCAAAGGAGAGAAGGGACUCUUCCCAAGCAACUAUGUGGAACUUGUCGAGGGUGGCGCUGGUGCGCAAGAGAGCGCUGCGCCUGUUCCAGUGCAGCAAGUUCCUCAGCAACAACAACAGAGCGCGCUACCGACGGCUACAGCUGAGUAUGACUACGAGGCAGCAGAGGAGAACGAGCUCAGCUUUCCAGACGGCGCCAAAAUCACCAACGUUGAAUUCCCCGACGAGAACUGGUGGUCUGGCGAGUACAAUGGCCGGGCUGGCUUGUUCCCUGCAAACUAUGUCAAGCUGGACGACUGAAGCGCAAGCAUAUAGAAAGCACGCUGUAGAACAGGACACAAAAGUGAUUAGAACGCAUUUU